AUGGAAUAUAUUUCUCCAGAAGGAUAUCGUCUUGAUGGAAGAAGAACAACAGAAAUGAGAAAAUGUGAAAUGGAAAUUAAUUUUUUAAACACAAGUGAUGGAUCUGCAAGAGUAAGAAUGGGAAAUACUAUUGUUGAAGCAGUUGUAUUUGGUCCAUUAGAAGGAAGAAGAAGAAAUAGAGAAGGAGCUGAACUUAUGGUAUCAUAUUCACAAGCUACAUUUGCAACAAGAAAAAGAAGAGAACAAAUGCAUGAUAGAACAAUGAUUGAAACAGCAGAAUUAUUAAAACAAAUGUAUGAACAAGUUAUAAUUACAAAACUUCUUCCAGAAACUAUGAUUGAUUUAAGAGUACAAAUUAUGCAAGAUGAUGGUAGUGUUACAGCAGCUGUAAUUAAUGCAUGUACAUUAGCAUUAAUUGAUGCUGGAAUACCAAUGAUUGAUAUUGUAUCAGCAGCAGAAGGAGGAUAUAUUGAUGGAAAAAUGGUAGUUGAUAUGAAUAAAGAUGAAGAGAAUGUUGGAACAGUAUUUAAUGUUCAUACAGCUAUUAUGCAAAAAAGUGGUGCUGUAGCAUUACUUCAAACAGAAGGAAAAAUGCCAUUACAAAGAUUAGGAGAUUUAUUAUCUAUAGUAGAAGAAGGAGCAAAAACAAUAGGAAUUGAAAUGAAGAAAAGAAUUAGAGAAUAUGGUAUUGAAGUAUUAUCAUAUCAAACUAUUUAA